AGCUGUGAUCAAACAAACCGGGCGCCGCCUACAUUCCAAUGACGGGGGAGGGUAAGGGGCUUAUGGCGGCUUCUGAUUGGUGGUUGGUUGCAAAGGGAAUAAGGAAGUGAAGCGGUGAUUGGUUGAGAGUGGUUUAGGGUUGUGGUUAGGCUGCAGGAUGGAGGCGUCACAGUCAUUUGCCUGUCAGUCGGAUUUUGAAGGAAAGAGAAGGAACGUUGUUAGUUGAGCUUUUCCAGUUACUCCCCUGACCUCCCAGUGGACCUCAGUGCAGUUAUACACAGGGGCAGCAGAUCUCCUUAAACUCACAUUAUUCCUGCAAUAGAUUCUGUGACCCAGUCCUGCCCAAUUAGCACAAAAAAACUCAGACUCAACCUUUUAUUUUAAGGUUUUUACACUUUUUGAGGUGCAACAACUUUUUUAAAGGAGAAGCGGCUCCUUCAACUCUCAAGGUUUCCGGCUUCAUCUUUUACCCCUUUUGAAUUACUGUUCGGUACGAUGGAAAUAAUGGAGAGUGGGGAUCCGGUGAUACAGUGGGACCGCAAGCUGAGCGAGUUGUCUGAGGCUGCCGAGAGCGACUCCUUGUACAACAACACGCCCUUCUCGGAGCUCCUCGAUGACUCCGCCCUGUUGGAUGUUCUGGGGCAGCUGAUGGGGGACCCGUUCCUCACAGAGAAGUACGAGAUGAUGGAAGUAGAGAUGAAUCCGAGCUCCCCGUCUCCCAUGAUCAAAGCGGAACACAGCUACUCCCUGUGCGGAGACUCCCGCCCCCAGUCACCCUUUACUCACGCCUCCUCUGAUGACAACUUCAGCGACACCGAUCUGACGGGCGAUGAUUGGUGCCUGAAUGGAGAACUCACUGCCACUACCCCUACUACUAAAAUCAAGGUGGAAAUCCCUCUCGAAGAGACCCCUGGCCUGACCCCAUCCGUUACCCUGGCAACCAGUGCAGUCUCCGCUUCCCCAGAGGUGGGCGUCUCGUCUCAAUUGCCAGUUCCGGAGCAGGUCAAGCUUCUGAGCCCCGUUGCCCUGCCGCAAAUAAAACUGGAGCCGCACGAGGUGGACCAAUUCCUUAAUCUGUGCCCAAAGGAAGUUGCCCCAACAGAAGCUCUGCAGAUGCCUCCCACCCCUCCCAGCAGCCAUGGUAGUGAUUCAGAAGGGGGUCAGAGUCCCACCAGGUCUCUCCCACCCUCCAGCCCAGUCCAGUCACAAGCCGGUGGCAAAAUGGCUGCACGGAGCCCCUCUGCACUGUCCAACUCGCCUCUACUCACUGCCCCUCAUAAGCUGCAAGGGAGCGGCCCUCUCAUGCUCACGGAGGAGGAGAAGAGGACUCUGGUGGCUGAGGGUUACCCCAUCCCCACCAAACUGCCCCUCACCAAAGCAGAGGAGAAGGCGCUGAAGAAGAUCCGCAGGAAGAUUAAAAACAAGAUCUCUGCCCAAGAGAGUCGCAGGAAAAAGAAAGAAUAUAUGGACAGCCUGGAGAAGAGGGUUGAGAAUAGUUCCUCUGAGAACAGCGAGCUGCGCAAGAAGGUGGAAGUUCUGGAGUCAACCAACAGGACUUUACUUCAGCAACUCCAGCGUCUGCAGGCCAUGGUCACAGGCAAAGUCACCCGUUCCUGCAAAGCUGCCGGCACCCAAACUGGCACCUGCCUCAUGAUGGUGGUCUUGUGUUUUGCCGUUAUUUUUGGAAGCUUCACCCAAAACUUAGAUAUGUAUUCAUCAUCAAGCAAGACUAUCCAUGAGCCGAGCCAGUAUUCAGCACCGGAGUCCUACGCUGCUUCUAUUGUUCGUUCCCGCAAACUCCUUAUCUUCGAGGAGCACCAGGCUGUAGAGGAACUGCACAGCUCUGCGGUGAUGUUAGAGACGCAGGACACCUGGGAGGUUCAAGCUGAUACCAUCUCUAAACAGCAGGCGGCGCUACUGGAAGAACUUCAUUUGUCCCAGGAGAAACCGUUCAGCCUAUCAAACGACAGCAGCAGCGACAUGCCAGUGCGGCACAGGUUCACUUCGGAAUUUGGACAUAACGACACCACCAAAGUCAUAGAGUUGGACCGGACGGUCAACACGACUUCUUAAUGGCGGAUCCUGUCCCCCCCUCCCCUUUUAUCUGACAGAGCUACCCCCCCAUGCCCGCCCCUUGGACUUGACCCGCUGUGCUGGGCUUGAGAGGCGGGACUCAUCCCUGAUAUCGGCGAAUGAGAGACGUUUGCAACAAACGAGAUGCUGAUUCCUCGUCAGGAUCAAAUAUGGCCGCCCCAUGAGCUUAAUAGAGAGGCCACCAUUGGGACUGUCCGUCCAUUGUUUGCAAGGACCAAAGUUGGAGGUGAAACGGGCACCAUUCGCUGAUUAUGAAAUCCCCCCCUCCCCCCAGUCUUGAUAACUCCCUGCAACCCUGGUUGGGAAUACACGGAUCAUCCGCAUCAAUGCAAUUGGUCAAGUCAGAGAAAUUCAGGUUCCAGAAUAAAAUGAGCAAUUCGUUUUUUUUUUAUUUAUAUGGAGACGUCCCUUAUCCAACUGGAUCGGGAUACAACACUGCCACCUAAGGGACGGGAUAGGUAUGACAGGUGUUAUUUUUAUGUUGCUUGCCCUUUAAUACGUUAUAGCAAUGAACACUGUAAAAAGCCGCCCCUUUAAGGCAGACAAUAUAAGCCUGAGUCCCGCGUGCCUUAAUAAAUCACAAUCCCUCGCGUGUAAACCUGCAGUUGUACCCCAUUGCACCCCUUAUCUUAAGCAUCCUGGGCUCCCAUCAUGCAUUGCAAGACUUUAAAAUUGCGCCGUCGCUUUAAGUGGCUAGUGCAGGACCAAAGAGAGGAGUGAUUUGGGCCCCCCAGGAUAUUUUGGGGAACUCAUAGCCAAGAUUCCCUUUCCAGUAGCAUUUUUUUUUUUUUGCUAGGUUUUGCUCCUCCCACAAUCCUCUCUGUCGCUGUUGUAAAUAGUAUUUAUUAGUUCUGCUCUGUAAAGGGGAAGUAAACCUGUCUCUGUAUAUUAUUGUCUCUAGAUCCUCCUGACGCUCCCCAUUCCCUCUAUUCAGGGGUCUCACCCCCCCCCAGUAUUGGUUAAAAGCGACCCUUAGUGAUGGGCGAAUUUGUCCUGUUUUGCCGAAAAAUGUGUGAAUUUCCUGCAAAAUUCGCUGAAUCAAUGGGCGUCCGAAUAAUGUUGACGCGCAACGGUUUUGACGCAAGCAACUUUUCCGAUGCGCAUCCAAAAUGUUUUGAAGUCGCCGAAUUUCCGUCUGCAAGUUUCCGCAGCAGUUUCGCAAAUUUAUUCACCGGCAGUGAAACAUGGAAAUUCGCUGUGAAUUCGCACCUGCCGAAUUUAUUCAUUAGCCCAUCACUAGCGGCGACCGCUGAUUAACAGGGUCAGAAUUUACCCUUUAAUUCCCCCAAAGACGUUACGUUUCUUUGAGUUGGCGAAUGGGCGUCUGUUCUGAAACCUCCUCCCCUGACGCGAACAAGACGGGACAAGCGCCCCCCUCUCUCCCUCUUUCUCUCCAGAUAGCGAGGGGUUAAACCUCCUUCUCUUAUUGUGUCUUUUAGCUUCUCUAUUUUUGGUAUCGUAUUUUUUAUAAAAUGUAAACGGAAAAAAAAUCCAAUAAAAAAAAUCUGCAUUCUGA